AUGGCUGCUGUGUGCUGUAUUAAAACUACAUCCUCAUUCUUCCUAGUUCUUUGUUUAACUGUGAUCCGGUUUUUUACUUUGCCAUGCUUUUCUUCUGAUCCCGAUCCGCUUCAAGACAUUUGUGUUGCUGACUUGAACUCCACAAUUCGCGUCAAUGGGUUCCCUUGCAAGCCGGAAUCUCAAGUUACAUCAGAUGAUUUCUUCUUUAGUGGCUUGAUGACUGCAGCAAGCACAGCAAACCCCGAACGGUUUGGAGUGCAACGUGGUGAUGUAUUCACCUUCCCUGGGUUAAACACCCAAGGACUUACGGUAAGCCGAAUCGACCUCGCACCUGGUGGAAUUAUUCCACUUCACGUACACCCUCGAGGAAGUCAGGCUAAUUUACUCAUAAAAGGGAAACUCUUUUUCGGGUUCAUAACUACUACUGAUGUUUUGUACGGAAAGGUUAUGAAACCUGGAGAGUUGAAUAUUAUUCCUAGAGGACUCGUGCACUUUGCAGCCAACGUUGGACCGGGAAAUGUUCUUGUGAUAGCUGUUUUAAAUAGUCAAAAUCCCGGAUUCUCAAGAAUUCCUUCUAACCUCUUCAACUCUACCCCAACAAUUCCUAAUUAUAUUUUGGCUAGGAACUUCCGCGUUAAUGAGAAGGUCAUCGCUUUCAUAAAAUCUAAGUUUGAUUUCAAUGUUUCUUUGGCUACUGCAACUCGGGAAAACAUAUAG